AUGUCAUCGAAUGGUCAACGAUAUCAUUUGAGUAGAAUCGGUAAUUACGAUCUCACCGGUCGUUGUUUGGGUAGAGGAAGUUUCGCAAAAGUUUACGAAGCAAAACAUCGUCAGCAUAAAAUAUUUGUUGCAUUGAAAACUAUGAACAUCACAGACAUGAAGGACAGCUACAUGAAGAAGAAUUUCAAGCGAGAAGCUCUCAUGUUGUCUCGACUUAAUCAUCCAGCAAUUGUAACAUUGUUUGAAGUGAUGGAGACUCGAAAUCAUUAUUGUAUUGCAAUUGAAUAUGGCGGUGAAAAUCUUUGUGAUUAUGUGAGAAAUCAGAAACGUGGACGACUCGAUGAAAUCACUGCUCGUUCAAUAGCACGUCAGCUCGCUUCAGCUGUUAAUCACAUGCACGAGAAUCGUGUUGUUCAUCGAGACAUUAAAUUAGAAAAUAUUCUUGUAAAUGUCGAAAGUAGAAGAGUUAAAUUAACUGAUUUUGGUUUAAGCAACAGUUUCUCGAAAACAUCAAUGCUAUUAACGAAUUGUGGAAGCCCCGAAUAUGCUGCGCCUGAAUUGCACUCUGCUUUGCCAUACGGCUUCGAGGUCGAUAUCUGGGCUCUAGGCGUUGUUCUGUUCGCAAUGGUUGUGGGUCGGUUGCCGUUUGAGAUUGGAACGAAGAAACCCGUUAGCGCUCAUCGUCGUCGUGAGUUGUAUUUGGAUGAAAUAAAACGUGGCGUAAAAACAAUGAAGCAUCAAAUUUUCAUGGGCUCAGCAUCUUUUCUGUUUAAAGAUUUAGUCUCGAAGAUGUUGAAUCCAAAUCGCGAUCUCCGUCUUUCCAUUGAAAAGGUCCGAAAGCAUCCGUGGAUUCUCGGAGCGUUUAUCGAGGAAUACCCUUCAAUCGACAAAAGUUGGCAGACAAAAGUGUUGCACAAGUACGCCAAGUAUUUUAAUCGCACAUGUGAUUCUGUUGUUAAUGAAAUAUCAAGCACACCUUAUGGCCAACUAGGCGGCAUAUUCAACAUUGAGAAGCAUCUUCAUCAAAUGAGUGGAGUAGCUUUAAAACGAUCAACAAGUGGCUGUAAAGUCCGCGAAUCAAAAACUUUGCUAUCUUGUGAAAAAUCAACAGUUAAUCGACCAGCAACAUCUAUGACUGGUAGCAAAUUCAUUCCAUCUAAUAAAUGUAAUCGACCAAAGACUGCACAAGGAGAUAAACCUGAAAUGUUGAAGAUAUUUCAAAGCAAGUUCCGGGAAAAGCUCGAAUGA